UCAUGUGAUGGUCCUGCCCAAGUGAUUUAAGCUGCGGGAGCUCAGCGCUGAGUCACUCCGGUUUGUGGAACAGGGGCUCAGGGGUGUCCUGCCCGGUGGGGCUGGUGGCAGCAGCAUGGAGCAAGGACUGGUCGUUACUCAGCUGGACAUCCAGCCCGGGGAGUGCAUCAAGGUCAAAGGGAAGAUCCUGUCUGAUGCUAAAGGGUUUGCUGUGAACGUGGGAAAGGACAGCAGCACCCUCAUGCUGCAUUUCAACCCUCGCUUCAACUGCCACGGGGAUGUCAACACCGUUGUAUGCAAUUCUAAGGAGGAUGGCACCUGGGGUGAAGAGGACAGGAAGGCUGACUUUCCCUUCCAGCAAGGUGACAAAAUCGAGAUUUGCAUUUCCUACAAUGAAACGGAAGCAACGGUGAAGGUGCCCGAGGCAGAGUUCCAGUUUCCUAAUCGGCUGGGCAUGGAGAAAAUUGAAUACCUGGCUGUGGAGGGUGACUUUAAAGUUAAAGCCAUUAAGUUCAGCAAUGAGCUAUAGCUUGGUUUGUUUUGUGUUCUCCCCUGUGCUUAGUGAAAUAAACCCAAACUUGCAAUGGC